AUGGCUGCCGCACGUUCCCCGUGCCAUCUCGUGGGCUCCUUCCCCGCGUCGGACGCCAACACCGCCUUCACGAAAUGCUGCAGCGCCCUCAAGGGUAAGCUCCGAUCCGUGCCAGACGGCGAACCCGGCUGGCGCUGGAACUUCACCAUCGGCCUAGUGCAAAAGCUCGCAGUCGCCAACCCGGCCUUGGGUCCUAUCUGGCGCGAGUAUGAUGCCAAUUACGAUCCAAAGCCCGUGCAGGACAUGGCGGAAGAGCAGGUGUCGGCCCUGCUGCAGGCGAUCCGGGAAACGGACUGGAGCAUGGGGUACGACGCGGACGCCAAGGCCUCGUAUGCGACGUUCGUGAAGCUGCGGGACGAUGGCAAAAUCGACCAGGGCGUCAAAUUCCAGGUCUGCUUACCUGGGGUGUCGAGCUUUGCUAUCUUCAUCAAGCCGGCGUUUCAGUACCUAGUCGAGGAUCUGGUCUACGAGGUGAUGAGGAAGGAGGUGCGGGCAAUUGUGGAGGGAAUACCGGCUGAAGAAUUGGCUGUGCAGUCCGACAUUGCGAGCGACUAUAUCAAGUGCGAGGUGCAGCGACAUCCGGAGUAUCUGGAGGCACUGCGCGAGGAUUUCCUUCCGCCGCAAGAAGACGCAAUGGAGCGGUAUUCGAAGCAGCACGCUGGUCUCCUGGAUCUACUGCCGUCGGGCGCUGAAGCCGGGCUGCACAUCUGCAUGGGCAAUAUCAACAACAAGCCCAUUCUGGCGCCGCAGACUAUGGACGUGAUGGUGAAUCUGGUCAAUAGCAUCGCGGCCAAAACGAGCCGGAAGCUGCAGUGGGUGCAUUUCGGUGUGCUGCCGGAGUGGCAGGACUCGAAGAUGUAUGAACCGCUGCAGCGUCUAGCGAUCAAGGAUGCGGCGGUAUAUCUUGGCUUGGUGUAUCCUGAUGACGCCGAGGGGGCCAAGAAGCGCAAGCAAAGUGCUGAGAAGGUCCUGUCGGAUUUCGGGAUAUCGCCUCCUUGCGGGCUGGCAAGAACUUCAGAGGAGGGAGUUGAGUCAGUGUUUGGUAUAUUGACGGCAUUGAGUGCCGCAUCGUGA